AGCGCUCGGUGCUACUUGAACAGGCUUUAGUAGUGCAUGAAAACCUUUGAAGCUUCGUUUCUGCUUCUGCAAAAACACCGGGAUCAUAGCGACCAGCUUGAUAUAAUCGACAAACGUCCAGAAUUCACCUCUUAUACAUAUUGAAAAGUGAGGAACCAGGAAUACAGAAAAAUGGCUGCCAUGAAUGUGAUGCCAAGCGGACAUGCCGAGAAACCCAAGUUUAAAGUUGCUGAUCCUACUUUGGCGGAAUGGGGCCGCGCCGAAAUCAUCCUGGCCGAGCGCGAGAUGCCCGGCUUGAUGGCUCUUCGCCAGAAAUACGGCGCUUCCAAGCCCCUGAGCGGUGCCCGUAUUGCCGGAUGCCUGCACAUGACGAUUCAGACGGCAGUACUUAUCGAAACCUUAGUGGAACUGGGUGCUCAGGUUCAGUGGUCGAGCUGCAACAUUUUCAGCACCCAGGAUCACGCCGCCGCUGCCAUUGCCGCCACCGGUAUCCCGGUGUACGCGUGGAAAGGAGAAACGGAGGAAGAGUAUAUUUGGUGCAUUGAGCAGACACUCGUCUUCCCUAACGGCGAGCCGCUCAACAUGAUCCUGGAUGAUGGUGGGGAUUUGACGAACCUGCUCCAUGACAAGUACCCAAAUCUUCUUGCACACGUUAAGGGGAUUUCGGAGGAAACGACCACCGGAGUUCACAAUUUGCACAGAAUGAUGCGCAAAGGAGAGCUGAAGGUGCCAGCGUUCAAUGUCAACGACUCUGUCACGAAGAGCAAGUUCGAUAACUUGUACGGUAUCCGUGAAUCCCUCGUGGACGGUAUUAAGCGCGCCACCGAUAUCAUGUUGGCUGGGAAGAUCUGCGCCGUUUGUGGGUACGGUGAUGUGGGAAAAGGUGCUGCACAAUCCCUACGCGCAUUCGGUGCACGAGUAAUCGUCACUGAAAUUGAUCCCAUCAAUGCCUUGCAAGCCGCCAUGGAAGGAUACCAGGUACUACCGCUGGAGGACGCCAUCGCCCAAGGCGCCAGCAUAUUUGUUACCACUACCGGCUGCAAGGGUGUCAUUCGCGGUGAGCACAUGAGCGCCAUGGUGGAGGACGCCAUUGUCUGCAAUGUUGGCCAUUUCGAUAUUGAAAUCGAUGUCAAGUGGCUGAAUGACAACUGUGUGGAGAAGCGCGUCGUUAAGCCACAGGUUGACCGCUACACGCUGAAAUCUGGACGUCAUGUUAUCCUGUUGGCUGAGGGGCGCCUGUGCAAUUUAGGCUGUGCUAUGGGACACCCGAGCUUUGUUAUGAGCACAUCGUUUACCAAUCAGGUGUUGGCGCAGCUGGAGUUGUGGACGCGACCUGGCGCAUACGGCGUCGGCAUCCACAUUCUGCCGAAACGACUCGAUGAGGAAGUUGCCCGUCUGCAUUUGCCGCAUUUGGGAGUGAAAUUGACCCGGCUGACACCCGAACAAGCUGACUAUCUCGGUCUGGAUGCUGAUGGACCUUAUAAACCUGAAAUCUACCGUUAUUGAGAAUUCCGGCUUUGACAGUCCCGAUGUUACGGUGCUCAGUAUUUACCGUGGUGGCUUAGUUUUAUUCUUUUACUAUGUUGGUGUGGGUUAGUGAUUCUUUUUCGGGAAACAUUCUGGAUAAAUGGCAGUUAGUAGGAGCGUUCUUUAAUAAUAUUUGGUAUAAAAUGGGAUGAUAUUUCUACAGGCGAACGCGUUUAAUAAUAAGCACAAGUUGU